AUGAUAGAAAACGAGGAGGCGGACAUUCAUUCCGCCGAGACGACCUGGAGGAUAGGAACUGAAGCAGAGGAGGAGGAAUACGGCUUGGAGAGAAGAGUUAGCCCAGAAGAUGAGAAGAUGAACCAGAAGUUGAAAAGGUUGAAAGAGCAGCUCUUAGCCGAGCUAGGCAAGCAGGACCAGAACCAAACCUCUUUGCCUACUUCCUCCCCUUUCUCAAAGUGGAUGCAGCAAGAAACUGUUCCUAAGAAGUUUAUGAUGCCGUCGAUGGCGGUCUAUGACGGAGCUGAGUGCGCAUUCAAUGAGGAGAAGGGAGGAUCAUCCUCAGAGAUAUCAAGAAAGGGGGGAGAAAGAGAACCUUCUCAAGAAUUUAACUGGAAGCUGUAUGUAGACGGGGCAUCAGGCGCUGAGGGCAGCGGAGCCGGAAUAAUGCUCAAGGGGCCAGAAGAUUUUAAAGUAUGCUACGCCUUACGUCUAGAGUUCAAAGCUUCGAAUAAUGCGGCAGAAUAUGAAGCCCUGAUAAAUGGGAUGUUGGUAGCGCUGGAAGUGGGAGUAACCGAUCUCGAGAUAAAAAGCGACUCUCAGCUGGUGAUCAACCAGGUAACAGGGGCAUAUCAAGCUAGAGACCCCAUUAUGCAGAAUUAUCUGGCUAAAGUGAAAACUUUAGAAGCCGAGCUCACAAGCCGAGGAGUGACCAUCAGAUUUCAAAGGAUACCCCGGGAAGAAAAUGAGGAAGCAGAUCUGCUAAGCUGA